UGUUUCGAUCAAACUUUCUCUUAAUUAUCCACAUGAUAGUAUAGACGAUAGUCAAGAUUGUCAGUCUCAAAAUUCUUCGAAUUCCUAUAUAAAAUUUAGAUUUUUUCAAACUGAUUCCAAAGAUGAUAUCAAACAAGAAAUUGCAAAAGCUUUUAAUGUUGAUGAGUUUUCUUUAAUAGAUGAAAGUGAUAACAUCAUUACCGCAAGUUGGUUUUCUUUAGAAGAUAAUCAAAAAUAUAAAAUUGUUGAUCGUUCAUCCUUUUUUAAAAAAAGUUGUGAUGAUGUUGCUUUUGUCGUGUCGAAUAAAGGUAAAUUUUAUGAAAAAAAACGUGAUCGUGAACCGUAUCAUGAUAAUAAAAAAG